GAGAGGAUGUCGAGAAGGUGCACGGUUGUGUCUACGAGGACCUUAGCUUUGCUUCAGUUCAAUCUUAUCGUGCGGUCCGCUCACAUCUCACCGGUGGAUACCACUAGUUACCGAUUUAAUAACGGUACAAAUGAUUUUUCAUCGCGAAAAGCGUGCGAUUGCGCGACAUCACACGGCGGGAUCGAAAAUUCGCCUGUUCUCCGGGGAUCAAAUUGUUCCGGAUGUUUCGCAUCGUGGACGAUUUGGAAAGGUCAAAAAUUGAUAAAUCACCAUAUUGUUACGUGAAACAAUAAAAGAAACGAUUACCGUUAUGCUGCUAAACAAGUGGAAGCAAAUUUUAAUUAUCGAGCAGUUAAGAUUCGUUUAACGAUCAUGGAUUCGUUGCUGAAAUACAAAAAUUAAAAAAGAACAGUGCAAUAAUUUUCGAAAGGAUGAUUAAUAAGAUGAUAAUUAAAUAACCAAGGUUCGUGAAUGUUCCAAAAAUAGUACCAAAAUGGAAAGUAAGCAUCUCUGAAGAGAACAGCCGACAAACGAGCAACCAUUUUCUCGAUCGAGUCAAAUAGACGUCAUCCGAAUUCGAUUUACAGCCUUAUCGAAUCAGAUAACUGGAACGCUCGCAUCGUACCAUGUCGUGUCAGAAUCAGUCAACAGAGUCGGCAGUCUCUUAACAGCGUUUGUUUCAAGUCUCUCGCACGUUUCAUUUCGGAAAAGUGAAAAUCUCUGUACGCUUCCAUCGUUGAUUAAAAUUUUCUCUUAUCAAGUUCAGUGACAUUUCACGAAGAACCGAAAGAUGGACCUUAAGGAGCAACCCUUUCGAUCCAUCAGUUCCAAUUAAAGGCCACCCUCGUCGUAGUGUGAAGGACAGAUUUUUGGAUCGAUUAAAAUUAAUUGAAAAAGGGUUUGCUCAGCGAGUGGAAAAAUGUACAUAUCACCUAGCAUGAGUUUGAUGGCGGCUGGUGUCGCUUCAGCGAUCUGCAUUUUGCUCUUCAGCAACGUCCUGAAGAGGAAGCCUGGAGGUUCGAAAGAGGAAAGACAGUUACCAGUGGAUGACAAUCGUUGUUCCUGUUGCCUGAGACCAUUUUUAUUAGGACGCGGUGUACGUUGCAACGAUUGCGGUGGAAGAUCCUGCAGGAAAAGCUGUUCUCGUUGGGACACGUCGGAUAACGCCUGGCAUUGUCUAUUUUGCCAUCAACAAAGACUCUGGUUGAAGAAGAACGGACUCGAGGAUUACGGUGGACAGAUCGACGAGGCGGAUUUGGAAAGAUACUUCAAUACGGCAAAAUCACAGGUUUACCUGACAGGAGUGGAAAAUGCAGCUACCAGUUCGGGCUCGUGUUUGGCCAGGGAGGAAGAAGAGGCGAACACGAUGGAAACGGUUCGGGAUUUUAUUGAAAAGAUAAUCGAAGGAUUGAUCGGUAGCGUGGAGGACACGCCGAUCGAUCGAUUAUACGAUCAUCCAGCAUGUAAGUUAAAAAAUGACAAGCUUUUGGAAAAGUAUAAUGUACCCUUGGUCGAUGCUCUAACACGUUUGGCCGUGGCUCUGGAAUUAUCUCUAAAAAACAAACAGAGCACGGAUUCUCCGACGAUGGCUCACACGGCGCUCAGGGAUAUCGUCGAGCGUGCCGUCGACGAGGCAAGGAAGUUACCCAGCCUGGGUAGUUCCGGGGAGACCGGAAGGCCGCCGGAAGGAAGGAGCUUAGCGGAGAACAGCUACGAGGACCUACUCGCCACCGCGAUACUGAACAAGGUCAUCGAGAAAUUCCAAAAGGAACAGGUGGACGGUAAUAGCAACGUUCUCCACGGAAAACCGGUGUCCGCGAACAAGUGUUCAUUGGGGGAGAACGAGACUGGUCUCGAUGAAAGUGUUGAAGAAGGUUGUAGCAGCUUGGAACCAUUGUCCCAAGAUGAUUGCAGUAGCGAAUGUAGUGCUGCUUGUUUCAAACGCGUUAAAAAUCAACUGGAACCUACGGUCUCUCUUAUGAUAGAGGAACGGAUAGAAGAAGUAACUACAACAUAUGCAUCUGACGAAGAACCCAAAGAAAACGAUGUCUUGCACAUUAGGAACGCUCAUCGUGUGCCAUUUCCUGAACUUGGAAUGGACAUUAUCGACCCUUGCCAGGAAUCGUCAGAAGACAGCCAGGACGAGCCGGGCACGCCGACCACGCACAUCGGUCUGGUUUCUCCGGUCGAAUCCUGGGAAGAGAAUUGGUUGUUUCAAAAGAAGAGAGUCCAGACGCAGGCCGACCCGGUGGCCAUGUUAGUGCCUAAUCCCAGCGCCGAUUACAAGGCCCUGAUCGGUGAUAAAGACGCCGAGGACACGUCCGAUCUCUCCGAAUGCUCCUCGGCUCAAUCCGACGAAGAGAUCGAGAAAGAGCUGAUGGAGGCCAUAAACAACGUCGUGCCACGAUCUCCGAAGAGAACCGGCUUCGAAAAUGGCAUCGAUCAUCGAAUGGAAACUUUGAACGACGAUUCGAAGCAAAAUCAUAUGGAAAUGUUUCCUGAAGAAACGUUGAAUCGGAAGAAUGGAAGUUUGGAAAAGACUGAAUCGAAUGGACAGAGUGAUCGUGUGCAAAAUGGGGAAACGAAUGGUUACGACGAAGCCAAAGAAGUUGAAAUAGAAAAGCAAGGAAAAUUGGUGAAGAAAAUUGAUACAAAAUCGAUGAAUUUUAUUAACGACGACUCGAGAAAGAUUGAAGUUGAAGGAUUCAAAGAAGAGGUUGAAAUAAAUGAUUCGACGGAUUUGAAAAGUUCAGAACGAGAAGAAAAUUCUUUGGGUGCGCCGAAGACACCUACGUCCACACCGACGUGGACCUUCGUGGCAGACAUUAAUUACGCAAACACGGAAGAUAAAGGGAUUGUUUUGAGAGAAGAAAAUAUACUUAAUUCCUUGGAAUGCGCUAAACAGAAGCUGAUGGCUGUUAACGACGAUAUCGCGGAAGCGUUCAAGGAGGAGGAAGCGGACGCUCGACAAAAAGCUGACUUUCAUGAGGAUAUUCAGCAAGAAAGCGAAUAUACAGAGCACUAUGACACUGCGACGCAAAGGCAUUUGGAUAGCUUAACGAAACUCGAAGCUUCGGAACAAGUGAAAAGUUCAGAAGAAAAUACAGAAAGCAGGUGCCGAGAAGCUGCGGCGCUCGCCAAGGCUGAAUCGGUUUCGCAUACGUCCCUGAAGAGCAAGAAAUCGGAAGAGGAGGUUCGACUAGCUGCUCCUCCAAGACCAGGUUCGAUCGCUGAACGAGAGCACAAGAAAUGGGAAAAUGCUCCACCGAUUCAGAACAACCCUUAUAGCGAGGAGAAUAUUCAAAAAAGACUGUGGGAGAGACAGUACUCCAGAAGAUCAUCAGACAUUCCUGGAAUUCACACCGAAUUGCCAAAGAGCAACGGGGAGAAUUUGGAUGUCGUGCUGACUCCUCAUGAACCGGAUAUCAAACGGUUCGGCAGGGACUACUACAUCAACCACUCGAGAGCGUCGAGCAACGAGAAGGGACGCAGAUCGGCGGCGUCCACGUCGAGCAGGCCGAGCAGCUCGUUGUCCCAAGGAUCGAGCUCAACCGGGCCCGACCAGGAUCAACAGGAGGAGACACGGUACCGAGAGACCGAGGUCCUCCUGAAUCGAAGCAACGACGUCAAGUCUAAAGUAGCCAAAUGGCAGAACAACAACGCGGAAAGUAAAUAUCAGUUCGCUGUACGUUCGGCUGAUAAUUCGAACGAGGCAGAGAAGGUGAACGAGAAGAACUCGAGGAAGAUCGAUCGUCAGAGAGCGUGGGAGGAUCAGAGUAUGGAGGAGAUACUGGAGAACGAGAGGAAGAAUAACAAGAACGAGAUCAACGCGAAAUUGAACAACCAAGAGAAUUAUGACAGCCCUGUUAUCGAGACGAAAAAGAAUUCCGAGGAGAAUACUCGAAAAAUUAAGAGGAUCGAUCUGAAAGCUUACGGAUUUGAAAACGAGUUCUUCUCUAAUGGUAACAAAACGAUUAAGACGUCCGCGCCGAGGGUUGUAAAUAAGUUGGAUUUGAAAUCGUUCGGUUACGACGGUGGAAUUCGACGAACGCAGUCUAAUAUUCAAUUGAACAGUAUGGGAAAUGAUGAUUUCAAACCCAGGAUCGUACGAGUCACGAACAAGUCAAAUUUAACGAGACAUCGCGAUUACGGGAAGGAUCGUUGCGAUCUGAUCGAGACUCAAGCUUCCGGCGAUCAUAAUCUGACUCAGAGCACGGAAGAUUUGAAUAAGUUUCACGCGGAGAGUUUUAACGGGUUUGGCCUGAAAUCGGCUAAAUCGGUGCCGAACAUCGCCAAGUUUUAUUCGAAUACAGUUGAUAGUAGGGAAGACGAGGAGGUGGAGAGUCAGAGUUCGUACGAUUUUGGGAUCGUGAAGAAUGGAUCGGUUAGGAAUAUCGCGAACAAUUAUAAUCUUGAGAAGUGUCACGUCAGAAGCGACGAUUGUUCGGUCGAAGAGUCGGAGAACGACACGGAUAAUUUAUCGGAGAAGGGACAAAGAUCGAAGAAGAUUUUGAAUCAGGAAGAUUUCGAUAAUAAGGUGUUGCCUAUGCCUUCGGUUAGGAGACUUGCCGAAGCAUUUAGCAAACAGUCUGAACACGGUCCCGUGGUUGCUUCAAAGGGAAACAAAUCGAGCAACGUGUACAAAGAACGAUCGUCGACGCCAGAGAUCCAGAUAAUUGAAUCGCCGAGACAAAUGCACAGUUUAACAGCCAGGUCGUUAUCGAAACAAUUUCGAGAGGGUCUCAGACAAAUUCCAAACAAAGUGACCUCACCUCCAGCUAGCCACGUUACCAUGGAACAAGGUAAACCAGCGGAAAACCAACCAGAAGUGGUGCAUGCGAAAACCGACUCGUCGAAUGAUAUAAACGUGAUUCUGCCUGGAAAAUUGAAGUCGAAUAUUAUAUUCUGGGAACAGAUGCAAAGGAGAAGCUAGAAUACUGUAUUUUAUCCUAAAUUGUGUUCAAUUGGUGAACCUGUCGCGAAACAGGAAGUUGAAGAACGUGAGAACGAAAGAGAAUCCAUGUGAUCAAUAAUUUUUUUCAUUUAGACUUGGUAAAAAUUAAUCUCGCGUGUGUUUUUCUUCGUUUCUUACUCUUUUCGAAGACAGUAAAGUUUCUUCGAAGACGUAACCACAGAAAUUUGUAUUUCGAUCCACAGAUGUGUGUUUUACUAUCCUUACUCGGUGUAAGAAUGUCUAACACCAUUUGAAAAAGUACUUAAAUAAUUAUGAUAAAGUACAGGCUCGAUAAAUGAUUAACUGAAUCAUUUAUCAGCGUAUUUGUUAAAGAAAGAAAAUUAUUGAUGUGAUUGUGCGUGUGCCAAAUGAUAACUAACUCGUGAACAGCCAAAGAGAAUAUUUUUCCAUCGUUCUUUCGAAACGUUCCAACGAAUCGAACUAUUUAAUUUUCACUGUACGAACAAUAAAUUAUCUUCUUUUUUUGUGUUUUGAAAACAUUCGAUCAAAUCUUAACACGCGUUUUACGAUCGACUGUAAAUAUAAUAUAUUUUUGAAUGUAAUAAAAUCAUUCAAAUCGUUGUAUGUAUAUAAAGGAACCACAAAUAGUCACGAAGUUUUUAUAUACAAAUCUUUCCUAUAGUAUUUCCAAGUAUUUGUUAUUUAUUAUUUAUUAACACUUUAAAUACGUACAGGGCGUUCGGUUAGGGGUAGGAAUCCUUUGAAGGGGUGGUAGCUGGGCUGAUUCUGAACAACUUUUUUCUUCACCAAAAUUCUCAUUAAGGCUUCAUUUUUGCUACUGCGCUCGAAGUCGGUUCGUAUCUGGCACUUGCGCGGCUGAUCAGUGUUUUUCAUUAAUAAUUCAAAAACUAAGCCUUAACAAGGAUUUUGGUGAAGGAAAAAGUUGUUCAGGAUCACAUCAGCUACCACACCCUCAAAAGAUUCUCACCUCUAAUCGAACACCCUGUCUAUGUAUAUCAAUUGUACAUAGAAUUUAUCAGCCUAACAACUCGGUGAGUAGUAUUUCUUUUAUAAAAUAUCCAAAUUUGUAUGAAUUUAAUCUUAUCAUAACUGUACACUAAAAAUGUGCUAUAUCGAUAUAGGAAAUAUAUUGUUUAUUAUUAA